AUGCUUGAAAUUUCUAUUAGAAAAGCUAUCAAUAAGCUCACAAACAAGCUUGCCAGCAGUGUGAACUUCACUCGUGCAGAAUGUGAGGCCUUGCUUAAUAUGUUUGUGAAGUUCGAUCCCAAAAAGCCUUUUGGAAAGUUAGAUCGAAUGAAGUUUCGAGAAAUACUACAUCAUACAUUUAAGAUGACAGACGAUGUUAUGAUUGACAGAAUUUUUCGUGUUUUUGAUAGAGAUCUUGACGGUGGUGUUAAUGCUCAAGAAUGGGUUAUGGGUCUCUCAACAUUUCUCAGAGGAACACUGUUAGAAAAAACCAAAUUUGCUUUUGAAGUCUACGACCUCAACAGUGAUGGUCGUAUAACCAGGGAGGAAAUGUUCCAAUUACUGAAGUACUCACUCAUUAAA